UUUGAAUUCUUCUGUUCUGCUGGUCAUGCAGCCUUCGCUCAUUCUACGGUCUGGGCGGUCUGCUUGGAAAGGCCCAUAUUUCGUAGCCUUUCCAAACCUGAAGGAGGCACUAAUUAACAAUGUUGCUAUAAGAACGCAGGCUCGUGCUUGCACUAUCCUCCCAAAUUUUGUUGGUAUCCGUUUCAUGGUGCACAAUGGUAAAGACUAUGCUCCUGUGAUGAUCACGCAGGAUAUGGUCGGCCAUAAGCUCGGUGAAUUCGCGCACACCAAAAAGCGCUUUACUUACAAGAUGACAAAGAACAAGUAGCUGGUCACGUCGAGUUCAUCUUAUUUGAACACCUUCGGCUCGAGAGUCAAUUAUAGGCGGUCUCUUAAUAGAUAUCGAACUGCCUCAGAAAACAGGAUUGUAGAUGUGAUGUGAAUCUUAGAACCAAAAUCAUGUAAGGACCGUAGUUAGUACCUUUUCAAGGACCAGUGCUACCAGGUGUUACCGUGGUGAUGAUAUGCCAUAUCCCCCUUGGCGGACAGAUCCGGACAGUUGUUGUUGUCCGUUUUGGGGGUAUCAACUUGAA